CGAUGUGCCUCCACCUCUAGAAUGAACAACCCUAUGAAAUUGGAGUGCCACAAAUUCCGACCUACUAACGUAUGAAAAGUGCAUUUAUCAGCCGCACUUUAUCAUUCCGGGCUUGUGAAAACAUAAGCGGCAGACAACUACAAUUGCUGGUACCGAUAGCCCAUAGAUCCGGAGCCGUGAGGAAGCAGCGAGACCUGCGUCUGGUAUAACCACAAAAUUUUCACUGCAUCUCAGGCUGAGCCGCCCCAAAAAUUUUCUCAAGUGCGAGGGAAUCGGAAAAUCGGGACGCAGGAAUCGGAAUUUGCAAUUCAUCUUGGUUCGGGACCGGAAACCGCGAGUGGUGUGUCUAGCGCUUAAAUAUCGUGUGUUAGAUGAAUAGAGCGCCCUGCGCUGGGAUUAUCCACGUAAACAGCUGUCGCGUUUAGAUCUCUAGCGCUAAUCUCCGCCAGAAACAGCGCGAAAAUGUCCGCGGAACGCGAGAUCCCCGCCGAGGACAGCAUCAAGGUCGUGUGCCGUUUCCGACCGCUUAACGAUAGCGAGGAGAAGGCCGGGUCUAAGUUCGUGGUCAAGUUUCCCAACAAUGUGGAGGAGAAUUGCAUCUCUAUAGCAGGCAAGGUCUACCUGUUCGACAAGGUAUUCAAGCCAAACGCAUCGCAGGAAAAGGUGUACAAUGAGGCGGCCAAGUCCAUCGUCACGGACGUCCUGGCGGGAUACAACGGCACGAUCUUCGCCUAUGGCCAGACCUCGUCUGGCAAGACGCACACGAUGGAGGGCGUGAUCGGGGACUCGGUGAAGCAGGGUAUCAUUCCUCGCAUCGUCAACGACAUCUUCAAUCACAUCUAUGCGAUGGAGGUGAACCUGGAGUUCCACAUCAAGGUUUCCUACUAUGAGAUCUACAUGGACAAGAUCCGGGACCUGCUUGAUGUCUCCAAGGUGAACCUCAGCGUGCACGAGGACAAGAACCGUGUUCCCUACGUCAAGGGAGCCACAGAGCGGUUCGUCUCCUCGCCGGAGGACGUCUUCGAGGUGAUCGAGGAGGGAAAAUCCAAUCGUCACAUUGCUGUGACAAACAUGAAUGAACACUCUUCACGUUCGCAUUCAGUAUUCCUCAUCAACGUUAAGCAGGAGAAUCUGGAGAACCAGAAGAAGCUCUCCGGCAAGCUCUACCUGGUGGAUUUGGCUGGUUCCGAAAAGGUUUCGAAGACAGGAGCUGAGGGUACGGUGCUCGACGAGGCCAAGAACAUCAACAAGUCCCUGUCGGCCCUCGGAAACGUGAUCUCGGCGCUGGCUGAUGGCAACAAAACGCACAUCCCAUAUCGUGACUCCAAGCUGACGCGUAUCCUGCAGGAGUCGUUGGGAGGCAACGCACGCACAACCAUUGUCAUCUGUUGUUCGCCGGCCAGCUUCAACGAGUCCGAAACGAAAUCCACCCUGGACUUCGGCCGUCGUGCCAAGACCGUGAAGAACGUUGUCUGCGUCAACGAGGAGCUGACCGCCGAGGAGUGGAAGCGACGCUACGAGAAGGAGAAGGAGAAGAACGCCCGACUCAAGGGCAAGGUGGAGAAGCUGGAGCUCGAACUGGCGCGCUGGCGGUCGGGAGAGACCGUCAAGGCUGAGGAACAAAUCAACAUGGAUGAUCUCAUGGACGUCAGCACGCCGAAUCUUGAUGUGGAGGCGCAACAGCAGGCGGCGGCGGCGGAGGCGGCUGCCAGCGCCGCUCAGCGCACCGCUCUGGCCAACAUGUCCGCCUCGGUAACUGCGGACGAACGCGCCCGCCUGGCCACAGAGUGCGAGAGGCUUUAUCAGCAGCUGGACGACAAGGAUGAGGAGAUCAACCAGCAGAGCCAGUACGCCGAGCAGCUGAAGGAGCAGGUCAUGGAGCAAGAAGAAUUGAUUGCUAAUGCGCGUCGGGAGUACGAGGCUCUGCAGUCGGAAAUGGCUCGCAUCCAGCAGGAGAACGAAUCAGCCAAGGAGGAGGUGAAGGAGGUGCUGCAGGCCCUCGAGGAGUUGGCCGUUAACUACGACCAGAAAUCUCAGGAAAUCGACAACAAAAACAAAGACAUCGAUUCCCUGAACGAGGAGUUGCAGCAGAAGCAGACCCUGUUCAGCACCACUUCCACGGAGCUGCAGCAACUUAAGGACAUGUCGUCGCACCAAAAGAAGCGCAUCACCGAGAUGCUGACCAACCUGCUGCGCGACCUCGGCGAGGUGGGCCAGGCAAUCGCCCCUGGCGAUUCGGCCAUCGACCUGAAGAUGAGUGCCCUGGCCGGAACGGACGCCAGCAAAGUGGAGGAGGACUUCACCAUGGCGCGCUUGUAUAUCAGCAAGAUGAAGACGGAGGCCAAGAACAUGGCGCUGCGCUGCACCAACAUGGAGUCUCAGCAGAGUGACUCAAACAAGAAGAUCUCCGAGUACGAGAAGGACCUCGGCGAGUACCGUCUGCUCAUCUCGCAGCACGAGGCACGCAUGAAGUCGCUGCAGGAGUCCAUGCGCGAGGCGGAGAACAAGAAACGCACCCUUGAGGAGCAGAUCGACUCGCUGCGCGAGGAAUGCGCCAAACUCAAGGCCGCCGAACACGUUUCUGCCGUCAAUGCGGAAGAGAAGCAACGCGCGGAGGAGCUGCGUUCCAUGUUCGACUCCCAGAUGGACGAGCUGCGCGAGGCUCACACUCGCCAGGUGUCGGAGCUGCGAGACGAGAUUGCUGCCAAGCAGCACGAAAUGGAUGAGAUGAAGGACGUUCACCAGAAGCUGGUCCUUGCCCACCAGCAGAUGACUGUCGACUACGAAAAGGUGCGCCAGGACGAGGCCGUGAAGUCAACCGAGCUGCAGAACAUGAUCCUCACCAACGAGCGUCGGGAGCAGGCGCGCAAGGACCUUAAGGGACUCGAAGACACCGUAGCCAAGGAGCUACAGACUCUGCACAAUCUGCGCAAGAUCUUCGUGCAAGACCUCCAGGCACGCAUCCGGAAAAACGUGGUCAAUGAGGAGCCUGAGGAGGAUGGCGGCUCUCUGGCUCAGAAGCAGAAGAUUUCGUUCUUGGAGAACAAUCUGGACCAGCUGACCAAGGUGCAUAAGCAGUUGGUGCGGGACAACGCCGACCUGCGCUGCGAGCUUCCCAAGCUGGAGAAGCGCCUGCGUACGACCAUGGAGCGCGUGAAGGCGCUCGAGACGGCGCUGAAGGAGGCAAAGGAAGGUGCUAUGCGGGACCGCAAGCGCUACCAGUACGAGGUGGACCGCAUCAAGGAGGCUGUGCGACAGAAGCACCUUGGCAGGCGCGGACCCCAAGCGCAGAUCGCCAAGCCGAUUCGCGCUGGCCAGGGGGCCAUCGCCAUCCGAGGAGGCGGUGCCGUUGGAGGUGCAGGAACAGCGCCGCUGGCUCCGGCUAAUGCUGUCAACUCGUAGAUCCAAUCAACCUCCAUCGCCGCCCAGUUCAGCUCCGCUUUACACUAAACUAAAUGGAUUACGUUAUACAUACUUAACAUAAAUGCCUUCGCUUAGAAAGAUGUCGAGUCCCGAUCAUAUGCCGCGCUUUAAAUAUACAUACGAGUACAUAAAAAUAAAUAUUAAUUUAAUUAAAUGAAUGUGAGGAGCCCGGAAAUAACUAAAUUUUACAAAGAAGAGAAAACGAAAUAAAAACCCCACAGAUAAGUAAGGACAUCUAAUUACGUUAAGAGUAUUUAUAAACUUUUCAAACAUAAAACUAAAUAAAAGUCGCAGACAAAUUAA